AACCCAAAAACUAAAAUAAAAAAUUAGCAUGAGAAAAUAACGCCUUUGGCAUUCCCGCACUGGAUCAUGGCUAUUUCCCAACCCUAAAAUAGCUCGAAGAUCAAAAGAUCCCUUAUGUUAUCCAUUUUGGCCACAAUCAUCUCCAAAAUGUUCACAUCUCAAAGUAAAUCUCCACCAUUUGGUGUCUACAUAGCUACGGUUUAUUUAUGGUUAUAUAAACAAAAGCCUAUUUAUUUAAUAGUUCAAUAAAAACAUUGGAAAACGAUAACACAUUGAAAUGGAAAAGAACACCAAAAAAAGACCCAAAUAUUCUCUAAAAUUUUCACCCUAAAAUGUCUAAAAGUUAAAAUUUAAUUUGUUGAAUGUGCGUUUUAUGAUAAUUAAAAAUAUUGUACAUUAGAAAUUAUAAAAUUUGAGCACCAAAAUAAUGUUGCUCACCGUAAUAUUUCACGCACAAAGUUCAUUUGAAUGGUCAAACAUCAAAAACUAAAUAGGGUGCGGCAAUAAAUUCCCCUAUUAACACGGAGAAUCAAGUGCACAUACGACGUAGACCAGGCCUUCCACGUCAUCCAUGGGCCGAAAAGACAUCACAACAUUCCUCGCCCGACUGUCUACUAGACCCGGUCCAGGGAAUCAAUUAUUCCGCCGACACCCUCAUAAACCCUCAUAACGAGGAAUCCGAAGCGGUGGGACCCGCUCAAAGUAGCCGUUAAAGCUCUCAUCAGAGGAGCAAAAACGGGAGCGCUCAAACUCUCCGUGGAUUCACACCAACAACACCACACAUGCACCAGAAACUAGCCGUUAGCUUCAAAACUAAAACAAAACACACACACACACACAUACACACAUACACACUCACAUCUCCCUCUCACAAUCACCAUUCUCAUCUUCUCCAUUCCCAUUCUCCUCUCCCCACCCUCUCAACAAAACCAACUUCUUUAUUUCGUGUCCAUUUGAUCCAAAAAAGAUCCAAAAAUGAGACCCAUCUCCUCUUCUGAUCACCUUGUUGCUGUUCUCUUCGUGGUUCUCGUUGCUUGCACCAGUAUCAGAGCUUGGGAUGGGAUCAUCAUCGCCGAAGCCGACUACCAAGGCCUGCAGGCCCUGAAGCACUCGCUGGAGGACCCCUCGGGGUUUCUGCGCAGCUGGAACGGCACCGGCCUCGGCGCGUGCUCCGGCGCCUGGGCCGGGAUCAAAUGCGUGAAGGGGAAGGUCAUCGCCAUCCAACUCCCCUGGCGCGGCUUCGGCGGCCACAUCACGGAGAAAAUCGGCCAGCUCACGGCGCUGCGCAAGCUCAGCCUCCACGACAACGCCAUCGGCGGCCAAAUCCCCGAGUCGAUCGGAUUCCUCGCCGAGCUCAGAGGGCUCUACCUCUUCAACAACCAGCUCUCGGGCGUGGUCCCGCCGUCGAUCGGUAACUGCGUCUCGCUCAUGGCCGUCGAUCUUAGCAAUAACUUGCUCGUAGGGAACGUCGCUACCUCGAUCGCGAACUCGACUAGGCUCUAUAGGCUAAAUCUUAGCUACAAUAACCUCUCCGGAGAAAUACCCAGCACUAUUCUUCGGUCUUUUUCGCUUACUUUUCUAUCUCUGCAGCAUAAUAAUCUCUCUGGUUCAAUUCCUGAUACUUGGGGCUCAAUGCAAGCCACUGAUCAAGUGUAUCAGAUGCAAACGAUUAAUCUCGACGAUAAUUUGCUAACUGGAAACAUACCCACCUCAAUUAGUAGGCUAAAAAUGUUGAAAGAGCUAUCAAUUAGUAGAAACCAGCUUAAUGGAAGCAUCCCUGAAGAAAUUGGGCUUCUUCCUAAUCUUCAAAGAUUAGAUUUUUCGGAUAACUCCAUAGGAGGAAAGCUUCCGAUUUCUCUAUGCAAUUUGUCGUCGUUAGUGUCGCUAAACCUUGAGAGAAACCAAAUUGAGAGCCAAAUCCCUGAUUGCAUUGACGGGCUCAAGAACCUUUCAAUCCUUUCUCUAAAAAAGAACCAACUUUUCGGAGAAAUCCCCGCGACUCUCGGGAAUGUCUCUACUCUUUCGCAGUUGGACUUGUCGGAGAACCAGUUCAGUGGGCAAAUUCCUCCCUCUUUGGAUAAUCUCACCAAUUUGGUGCUCUUCAAUGUGUCCUAUAACAAUCUAUCCGGUCCCGUCCCUCUUCGCCUUGCUCAGAAGUUCAAUUCUAGCUCUUUCGCCGGAAAUAUUCAGCUUUGCGGGUACAAUAGUUCAGUUAUCUGUCCAUCUCCUUCUCCUUCGACCAUUCCUUCUCGACCCAGUCACCGGAAAUUGAACACGAAGGAUAUAAUUCUUAUCAUUGCUGGAGCAAUCCUAGCAAUUCUACUUCUACUUUGUUGUGUUCUGCUAUGCUGUUUGGUUAGGAAGAGGACUAGGCUUAGCCAGAAGAGCAAAGCCGCAGGCAUCGCGGGGGCCGUCGGGAGGGGCGAGAAGCCCGGAGCCGCCCACGGGCCCGAAGUGGAGUCGGGCGGGGAGGCCGGAGGGAAGUUGGUCCAUUUCGACGGGCCGUUGGCGUUUACGGCGGACGAUCUAUUGUGCGCCACCGCGGAGAUCAUGGGGAAAAGCACUUAUGGGACUGUGUACAAAGCAACACUUGAGGAUGGAAACCAAGUUGCAGUGAAGAGGCUCAGAGAGAAGAUCACCAAAGGCCAAAAGGAGUUUGAGGCAGAGGUUAAUGCGCUCGGAAAGAUCCGGCACCCGAAUUUGUUGGCUCUUCGGGCAUAUUACUUGGGCCCGAAAGGGGAGAAGCUUCUUGUGUUUGAUUUCAUGCCCAAGGGGAGCCUUGCAUCUUUUCUUCAUGCUCGCGGACCGGACACGCCCAUCGAUUGGUCUACGAGGAUGAACAUAGCCAAGGGCGUAACUCGCGGUCUAUGCUACCUCCACGGCGAGGUAAGCAUGAUCCACGGCAACUUGACGAGUGGCAACAUCCUGCUCGACGAGGACACGAGCCCCAAGAUCGCGGACUUCGGCCUCCCGCGCUUGAUCACCGCCUCUGCCACCUCGAAUGUGAUCGCGACAGCUGGUGCCCUCGGCUACCGCGCCCCCGAGCUCUCGAAACUGAAGAAGGCCAACACGAAGACCGACGUCUACAGCCUCGGAGUGAUCAUCCUCGAACUCCUGACCGGCAAGUCACCGGGGGACUCGAUGAACGGCCUGGAUUUGCCGCAGUGGGUGGCUUCGAUCGUGAAGGAGGAGUGGACCAAUGAGGUUUUCGACCUCGAGCUUAUGAAGGAAGCCGAAGGUUCGAAGGGAGAUGAGCUGCUUAACACUUUGAAGUUGGCUCUACAUUGUGUUGAUCCGUCGCCAGUGGCGCGGCCUGAGGCAAAACAGGUGCUGCAGCAGCUAGAGGAGAUCAAGCCGGAUUCGGGGGGCGGCGCAGGCCCUAGCGAAGAAGGUGGUGGCUCUGCUGUCGCGGAAUUCGCAAGCAGUGUUUAGGUUACAUAAGUGAAAGUUUUUAGGUGAAGAGUACUAAGAAUUCUUUCAUUCAUUAGAAUUUUGAUUACUAGGUGCAUUUGUUUCAUUUUUUAUAUCUGUGCAUAUAUAUAUAUGUCAUUAAGUAACUUGUGGAAGUACCUUGGUGUGUUAGAGGUUUCAGUUUGUUGUUCUCUUUAUGACAAAUUGGUAAAGCUGUAUUGAGAUAGUAA